AUAGCUCUCUGGACCGUUUCAAUCUCUCUCUCUCUCUCUCUCUCUCUCUCACACACUGUACUCUUUCAGUGCAUUUGCAUUUUGCAGAUCUCUUGAACUCCUUUAGGAUCUGCAAAUGCGUACCGUAUCGGUCUCUCUUCUUGCUAUCUCUGCAUUUCUCUUUCUAAAGCUCAGUUGGAUUGUGGUUUUGUCUGGCAAGAGGGAAAUUCAAAUUGCUUAGUAGGGAGAUUUAUGAUGACUUUGAGGACAUACUCUGGAGAAAAUUGCUGUAGUGUGGGAAUUGGGGUAUGCUGCUUUAUUUUUCUAUCGAAAUUCAAUGGAAAGUGACAAGUCAAUUUCUGCUCCCUCAUCAGAUGGGCACAGUGAGGGUGUUCAGAGAAUCCGGCCUCUGCAUGGACGGACCAGUGGUCCAGCAAGGCGCUCUACAAAGGGGCAAUGGACAGCUGAAGAGGAUGAGAUUUUGCGCAAGGCUGUUCAGCGUUUCAAAGGAAAAAACUGGAAAAAAAUUGCUGAGUGUUUUAAGGACCGGACAGAUGUACAAUGCCUUCAUAGGUGGCAGAAGGUCUUAAAUCCAGAGCUUGUUAAAGGUCCAUGGUCAAAGGAGGAGGAUGAAAUAAUAAUUGAACUGGUGAACAAAUAUGGGCCAAAAAAGUGGUCCACAAUUGCACAGCAUUUACCUGGACGAAUUGGAAAGCAGUGCAGGGAAAGGUGGCAUAAUCAUCUUAAUCCUUCAAUAAACAAAGAAGCAUGGACCCAGCAGGAGGAGUUGUCCUUGAUUCGUGCUCAUCAGAUUUAUGGGAACAGAUGGGCAGAGCUUACAAAAUUCUUGCCUGGAAGGACAGACAAUGCUAUAAAAAAUCACUGGAAUAGUUCUGUGAAAAAGAAAUUGGACUCUUACUUGGCAUCAGGUCUAUUAGAACAGUUCCAAGGCCUCCCUCUUGUUCCACACCAAAAUCAACCUAUGCCUUCAUCUUCUUCAAGGGUGCAAAGCAGUGGAGAUGAUCCUGGCCCAAAAUGUGGAAUAGAAACAGAGGAAAUAUCAGAAUGCAGUCAAGAGUCAAUCAUUGCUGGCUGCUCUCAAACUGCCAGUGGCUUUGGUAAUGCAGUUUUACAUACAACAGAAGAAUUCCAGCUUGCUGAGGAGUCUGGUUUAGGAAAGGAGCGAAGCUCUAGUCCAGCAUCUUGUUCAGAACAAUACUUCACGUCAGUGGGAGAUGUCACUUUUUCUAUCCCUGAAAUACCUUGUGAAGUGGGUUGCUCUUCCAACUUUCUUCAGCAAAAUUUCUCACAGAACACUAUAACUUCUGCAAGCAGCGAGUAUCAAUUUAACUCACAGGAGUUGCCUAACAUAUCUUCUCUAGAACUAGGGCAGGAGUCAUCGGGGUUAUCAACUCAUUGUAUAGCUGCAAAUGAAAGCCAUGAACUGGUGAAUGUUCCAUUUCAAACUUCUAUGGGAAACAUGACUGCAGGUUCUGCUAAACCAGACCACAUCUUUAUAUCAGAUGAUGAAUGCUGCCGGUUCUUAUUUGCAGAUGCAAUGAAUGGUGGGGUUUUCUCCUCUGGAAAUUUUACAAAGGGCUCAAACUCAGUUGCAUGUAUAGAUUCCUUAAACUGUCAAUCCUCAAACUACCAGAUAUCUGAAACUGACAGAAGUGCACAACCAUUUAGUCCUUCAAAAUCUGUUGUAUUGGCCGCUACAUGCAGCCAACCAUUUCCAUCUGGCCCUUCACUACUUUCGGCUGAUGAUAGUAAUCUAAUAUGCAGAAGGGAACAAAAUCAAAUAAUUAAUCAUUCUUUUGCGGCAAAUGAACAAGAGUAUGUUAUAAGUGCACAUGAUGGCUUUAUAUACACUGAUGGCACUGAUAGAUCUCCCUGUGGUGAUGGUACAGAUAACACAGACAUGCAAGAGCAACAUUAUCUGCGGGAACCUUCAAAAUUAGCUCCACCGGACACUUUCACUUCUGGUUCCGAUACCAUACAGUCGUGUCCUGUGGAUGAAAUGCCAAAUGUGCACACAGAACAGCAGGAUGCGGGAGCUCUAUGCUAUGAACCUCCACGUUUCCCAAGCUUGGAUAUUCCUUUUCUGAGCUGUGAUCUUAUUCAAUCUGGUAGUGAUAUGCAGCAAGAGUAUAGCCCUCUUGGUAUCCGUCAAUUAAUGAUGUCAUCAAUGAACUGCAUCACUCCAUUUAGGUUAUGGGAGUCACCAUCUCGAGAUGAUAGUCCUGAUGCUGUCCUGAAGAGUGCUGCUAGGACUUUCACUGGUACACCAUCCAUUUUGAAGAAACGAAAUCGUGAUUUGUUGUCACCUUUGUCUGAUAGAAGAGUAGACAAAAAACUUGAGAUUGACUUGACAUCUAGUUUGACCAAGGAGUUUUCAAGGUUGGAAGUUUUAUUUGAUGAGAGUGAAACUCACAGAGCAUCUCUCCAGUCACCGUCUAAUCAGAAAAGGAACCACGAAUCCAUCUAUGAAGAUAAAGAAAAUUUGGAUCCUGCUCUUGAAGGUAGACAAGAAAAGGGGAGAGAUUGCUCUGCAUUUGUUGACAAUAAAAUUUCUGAGAAAGAUUGUAAUAGCAGUGAUUCCCAGGACAACAAGAAGGAAAGGACUGUUGAUGGUGUUGCUAACACUAAGGUUCAUAAUGAUGCUAAUGCCCAACAUGCAGAACAGCUUUCUGGAGCGCUUGGUGAAGACAGCAUGUAUGAUCUUCUAUUUUCUCCCGAUCAAGUUGGUUUUAAAGGAGACAAAGCAUUUGCUCCAAGUUCUCGAACUCCAAAGAAUUUAUACCAUAGAAUAUUGGGAACUUUAUCAGAACAAUGUAUUGCUUCUGAAUCUUCAUCUGGAAAUUCAUGCAUAGUUGUUCGAUCCCCUACCAUUUACAAGAAGAAUCAUGAAAAUCAUUUACUUGCAUCUACAUCAGCACCUUUAGAGAAUACAAUUGAUAAUACUGGGAAUGAUGCUGGUACUGAAAAUCUUAGCAUAUUUGGUGAAACUCCUUUCAAAAGGAGUAUUGAAUCUCCUUCAGCAUGGAAGUCUCCUUGGUUCAUUAAUUCUUUUCUGCCUGGCCCAAGAGUUGACACAGACAUAUCUAUUGAGGAUAUUGGGAUUUUUUUGAGCCCUGGUGAGAGAAGCUAUGAUGCCAUUGCGUUGAUGAAGCAGUUAAGCGAGCACACCGCCUCUGCAUAUGCUGACGCUUUGGAAGUUUUGGGAAAUGAAACUCCUGAAACAAUAUUAGAAAAAAGGCGCUCCAAUAUGGACCAGGAGAACAAUUGUGCACCAAAUAUUCAGCCUGAGAAUGUUUCCCAUUUAGCUUCAAAUGUUUCGACGUCAACUGAAUGCCGAACCCUUGACUUCAGUGAAUGCGAGACGCCCGGGAAGCGAACGGAAAGCGAGAGAUCUUCAACUGCCAUGACCUUCUCAAGUCCCUCUUCCUAUCUGUUGAAAGGUUGCAGAUAGCAAUUUCUCACAGCAGAUGUGUUCGGCUGUCAUAAUCUGUAUCUUAUAUUACACAUAUGUAUAAUUGUUGCCUUACAUUUUUUUUUUUUUUUUUUUACUUUUUCUAUUUCUUCCUAUUGUUAAUUCUGUAUGGAACACAAAUUAAUUAAUUGAUACAAGACCAUCCUGAGCGUA